AUGGCUUCCGAUGGCGGAAAAUUACGAUUGGAGUCUAUUACAUCUAGUAUUUCUAGUAGCAAACAGAAAGUUCGGUCUGAUGCCUUGAGUGAGCUGAAGAUUUUCUUCGAAAAUUCACGUAGAGCUACCAAAUUGUCAGCCAUUAAUGACAAAUUGUUUCAAAAAAUAUUUGAAGCCUUAUUUAAGGCCAUUAUACUAGAAAAACAGUCUUAUCUCAAAUCGAAAAAGUCCACAAGGCAGCUUGAAAUAUGUGCUGAGACAAUGAGAAUAGUAGUCCGGGCAGCAACACCAUUUAUAAAGUCAAAAACAGUGGAUACAUUAGUCAAAAAUCACAUCCAAGUACUAGCCAUAUCUGAGGAAGCAUUUUUUCAGCCUCUGUGCAAAGAUAUUCUAAAAUGUUUAAUUAUUAUCUUCCAACAUACUCCUCACACAGAACAUUUGAAAUUAGUCACUUGGCUCGAGACAAUUGAUCUCUGUCUUCAGGGUAUCAACCAGUAUAUCAAUGCUAACAGAGCAGAGUCUUCAGUUCAGAAAUUAUCACACCAAAAUAGAGUAAAGACAAUAAAUAACUUAUGUGCUAUCUCAAACGAAGGUCCGAAUUGUGACCUCACACGACAGAAUGUUGAAGACCUAUUUCAAAUAAUCAUAACACUUAUAAAUACUCCAAAUGCACCCAUUUCAGAGCGGUAUGCUCCAAUAGCUGACUGUGCCAUACAAUUUCUCCUGUUGCAAGGCUCCAGUAUUAGUCAAGUAAAUCAACUGGUAUUUUUUGCUUUAAACAGAAUCUUACACUUUACCCGCACCAACCAUAUCUCAUUCACCAAAAUUGCUGCCCAGAAACUGGUUCCAAUAAUUGGGCAGUUCUUGAGUAGGAAAACUGCGGUAAAGGACGAGAUGUUAAAUUCCGUGCGAGACGAGAUGGUGAUUCUUAUAUUCCUUGUUUAUAGCCACAUAGAAUGCACUAUCAAAGAAGAAAUAUGCAAUGGAUUCUCAUCACAACUAGGUGAAUUAUUAGAAAUUAUAAGGAUAGACUAUUCAAAACGCUCUGAGCGUGACCAACUACAAUUGCAUGACUUAGAAAUGAUUGAUCAGAGCUCAAUUUAUACUGGAUCAUUCGGUCUAUACAACUUUCAGCUCAGAGAGCAUGAUAUUCAAGCUGAAAGAAACUGGUCAAUAUUAUUAGCUAUUGCGAUAUUGGAACGAAUAAAUAGUUUGAGCCUUAAAAAAGAACCCGAGAAACACUCCGAGAAACAACAAAAUCCUAGAAAACGUCAGCGUGUAUUUCCGAUAUUACACUGUCCUAUCAAUUCGAUAGCUAUUAAUAAUGAGAAAGAACAAACCGCUGGACUUCAAAUUUUAAUAUUUGUGCUGGAAAUUACUCAACUGCCUUGCUACGAAUUGGAGGUCUUGUUGGCUGAACUACAUUUAUGCUCUGGUUCUGAAAGAGAUAACGUUCAAGCGUGGGCUUUAUUAGCUAUCGCGAGCUGCACUUUGCAAAGCUCUGCGAAAGAAAUAUGUACCAAAAAGUGGAUGCAGCUCUGGCGUAUCGGGAUACGAUUUCUCACGUAUACCUACACCUGUCGCUCGGCAUCUGUUGCCCUCCACUCGCUGUUAACUCAGAAAUUAGUUUUAUAUCAGGAUGUUGCGGAUGAUGUAGAUUCAAUUAUUAGAACCGUUGAACAUAAUGGCCCAGUUACUCUUUGCGAUUCGAGUAUAUCCUUGAUGGUUCAUCUGCUCAAAAUUCGGGAGACAGAAGUACCUGGCGCAGGUGUGGCUACAUCAGAAUGUAUUCUUAGAUGGUUUUUCGCUCGAUGGAAGCCAGCGGAAAAAUAUUUUGCUGCACAUUAUGCCAUCCAUGUUCAACCAAAACAUGUAUCACUUCUCAUUAGGGCUUGUUUAGGAUUAAAUCACAUUCCACAUGCUCCUAUUGCUAGACAAAUGGGGCCCAUCGCGCAAGCGUGGCAUAGCCAUUUAGAAGAAAAGCUGAUUUUAGAUUACCUCCUUUUAGUCGAAGAGAAAUGGCCAGAAACACGAACUACUACAAAGAAGUUGUGCUCUGGCUGCCCUGAGUUUUCUGACUUAGAUAACUCCAAUUCUAUCUCAACCACCGCAAAAUUUCAAAUCUUACAAAAACUUUUACUUGAUCUACUUAACUCUUUAUCUGUCAGUACUCUUCAAGGCUGGAGGUCUUACUUGGUAGAUCAUCGCCCUCCCAUAUCUGUAGAAAUAUAUCGUAGCACACUCUACGGUUGCAUUGCAAUGCUAUCUAUAAUAAGUCUGUGCAGAAUCAAUAAUUUAGAGAAGUCUGGAUCCUCAGCUUCAUCUAUUCUUAAUUUUGCAAGGGAACUCGUAAGCUCCACCGACAACCCAGAAAGACUAGACUCGGAGGAAUCGACGAAGCUCACUGAAAUUCUUAUCCAAGAAAUUCAGCCCUAUUUACCACCGUGUCAGUUACUGAGCAUUUCUAGCAUGAAAGAUAAUGUAAAUGAAUUAUUCCAAUUUUUGAUAGCAGUUGCCGAAAUUUUUAUGAAAAUACCGGCUGUAGAAUGCGAAACAGGAUCAAAUGAUAUAAAAAUGAUUGAUCUAGAUGAGGAGCCGGCCCCUUUGCGGGAUGUUCAACCAAAAAAAGAUAAUCAAAAUCUCAAAGCAAUGCCAAGAAGUUGCCUAGCCCUCCACGCAAGUCCAGGUUACAUCAAAAUGUAUACCAUCGGAAAGCUUUCUUUAUUGACGACCAUGAACACAGUAUCUCAUUGUACAAGGGUUAUACCAAGAAAAUUUUUCGACAAUAUCAUCUCCCUGACUGAUGAAGAGUUUCUUUACAGCCAAAGAUUACUAUUAGAUAUCCUAGAUUCUGAUUUUGAUAUCAACAUCACAGACGCGAACAGGCUAGUUGAACGUAUUGGACUUAUUCUUUCUUCCGAUAAUCUUGAUCGCUGUGAGGUUAGCCUAACGCUUUGCGCAAAUAUGCUGUCAGCUAUGGAACCUAUAUGGUGUAGGUCGCAAGGAUCAGACUUGUCUAAAUCUGCUAGUCAGAUUUACGAAUGGAUUACAACUACUGUUAUUGAUAAAGAGCUAGCCUCUUCAGAGGGACAGAAAAGAAUAUCUAAACUACUUAUGAGUGUACUAUGUAGUAAACCUCCUGAUUCUGAACUCAGUGAUGAACAUUUCUCGACUCGAUCUCCAUUAUUCUCGAUACUUCAAACAAGUGAAAUCAGGGUAAAAUUCUUCAUAGCAGAUCAAAUACCAGAAAUACUUGGGAAUUUUGUUUUAAAAGAUCAUGAUUCUGUAUUUGCUGAUAUUUUAGACCGUCUUCCGUCGGAUGUAGAUUCGAUUGAAGGUAUUUCUCUUCGAAUGGCUGUGCUAACUAAAAUUGGCUCUGCAUGGCCUACACUACUCCGUCGCUGUAUCUAUCAUAUAUUCGAAAUCCCAAGCCAAAUCCCGAGCUCUACGAAAUACGCGACACGCUGUCUAAAUGAAAUAUCUCUGAAAUUAGAACUUAAAAGCUCGAAGGAACUAUUCAAAUUGUUCAGCUCUCAAAUACUUUACACGUGGUUAGAGCAUGAGAGUAUUAAUGAUAUUCCAUUCCAAAUUUUUGGCUUUGGUAGCUUACAAGAACUCGUCAAACUUGCAUCAGAGGAGGCUACAGCUCUAAUGAUCAUGCGAGGUCAGGAUAACUCUGUUCAAUUACUAGCAAAUAUCUUAGAAUCAGAUAAAAUCUGCCUUCUGCAGGACUCUUUUACACAAGCAAUGGCAUAUAGCGUUGCCUUUGACCUCAGUGCUUCAAAUGCCUGUCCUGGAAAUCCCUUAGGCGCAGAAUCUAUUAUGAAAACCUCUCUCGGAGAAAAAGAAUACUUUAGUCGCAUAGAUUAUCACUUUACUGAAAUCUUAGCCGUAAUGUUCUACUGUAUUGAUCAAGAAUCAACCUUUGAAAAGUAUUUUAAAAUAGGGGACUUAGCUUAUGCUACCAGUAUAAUGAAAAGGAUCAAGAAAUUUUCUACAUCUAAUAUAGUACUUCCACCAAAUAACCAACCAGUGUUCAAAGUUAAGUAUCUAGCCGCUGAGAUAAAAUUUCUCUGUUCACGAACGAAGUAUAAAGUUGAAAACCUCUUCACUCCAACUAUAGUCACCUAUAUUUCUAGAUUUCUGUUGGACAGGAUACACCCAGCUCUCGGGUCUUUGAAUGUCUGUUCAAUUUUACGAAAAAUACGAGUUUUAAUAUCAAUAGCAGGAAGUGUAGUUACCACUGGUUAUCCAUUAGAGAUGUUACUCCAGUCCUUAGGACCAUUUGUCCAGGACCCGAAAUGUGCCGAUGACGUCAUCGGAAUGAUACAAUAUCUCCUUGAUGUUGGUUCUUCAUAUCUCUUAGGAGUACCCUCUUUCGUCGCAGGAUUUUCAAUCUUAAUGUUCGGCUCAUUGAGGCAACGGAGACCCUCUAAAAGAACUGAGUCUCAGGGUUUUCUUUCCCAAAACUCUACAUGUAAUUCUAAAAAGCUUCAUUCUUGGAUGACAGGGUAUUUUCAAACUUACGACUCACCUUUUCUAUCGGAUAGCAAUACAAAAAAUACCUUUCAGUCAUUAAUUAAUGCAGCUAUCAACAUACAAUUAUCUGGGAGCAAAAAGAUGGAAACAGCAGAAAGUAAUCUUCUUUUUGGUCUCUUAAGUGAUGAAAAUUCAAGCAAUGGUUUACUUAGUAGACCAUCACGUGAUAAUGCUUUAGCCAUGAUUAGUUCAGAUUUUCAUGGUUCAGUUUCGAGCGAGGUUGAUGUUAUUAAUCUCGAUGAAGGUUCUAUAAUUUAUUCGCCGGCAAUUUGGAAAUCAUGUCAGAACUCUACAAAUAGAAAUUAUCAGUCAUGGGUUGCUAAGGUACUAGGAAGAGCUUUUGCAUCAUCCGGAUAUAUUCACAAAGAUCUGUUGCGAGAGUCGAAGCUAGCUCAGAUAAAAUAUUUUACAGUUUUAUCAGGCCGAGAGGGAAGUUCUGUUGAAGCAACUCUCAGCUUUUUGAAUGAGCUUAUUCUAGGAAAUGAUCUACAAGCUGUCAGUGUUGCAGAAAAAGCUUUACGAUAUGUUGUAGCAGCCGCGGACGAAAGACUAUUGAUGACCUGUAAAAAAAUUAUAUCGCAAUCAUUAUUAACCGCAAUAACUUGGUUUCCAUAUCAGCCUCCACCCUCUGAAACUCGAGACCACCCUAAGUUUUCUUUAGAUAUAUCUGAGUUUCUAACUUUAGAAUCUAUCUUCAAACAAGAUUGGCUAUCUAAUCUUUCAAUAGCACUUACAAAAUUAUUUCCUAAAGAACCAGUACUAGCUGCCAUGGAGCUGGUUCUCUCUCGAAUUCCAUGGUCUGCUGAGCAGGCUUUUCCUUUUAUUUUACACCUUGUCUUGACAUCAUAUUAUAGCAACACAAAACUUAUUAGAGCAGAUCUCUCAUCUGCUAUUAACAAAUGGUUUCAGAGUGAUACUACUGAACAGGAAAAUCUUAGGAUCCUAAUCAACGCUAUCCUUUACCUUCGAACUCAGGGGUUAGCGGGUGACUUUUCAUUCAUAGAUAGAACUCGGUGGCUUGAAAUUGACCUCUACAAAUCUGCCAUAGCCGCGUGCUCUUGUGGAAUGUUUAAGACAGCUCUCUUAUUCGUUGAAGAAUUCUACUCCCAAUUAUCUAAAUCAACUCCUCCGUCAAUAGGUACUAGAAAGAUAUUAGAUCCAGCUAGAGACUCUGCAAAACUUCUACUCCAAAUUUACGAAAAUAUCGAUGAUCCAGACUUAUACUAUGGCGUUAAGCAAAGCGCAAAUUUGGACACAAUAUUAGCUAGACUAGAGCACGAGAAAGAUGGCCUCAAAAGCUUGGCUUUUAAAGGAGCCCUCUUCGAUAAAAAUAUCCGAAAAAAUAAUAAGGCAUCUUCGAAUGAUUUGCAGUCAUUAAUUGAGGUAUUCGAUGUUUUAAAUUUAAGUGGUGUCUCAAAUUCUUUACUGCAAGCAUUCCAAUCAAGCGGUCUACCACAAUCAUCUAUCGAGUCCUUAUUUAAGACAUCAAGGAAGCUUGGAAAAUGGGAUAUACCUGUGCCGAGCUCAUAUAGCAGUAAUAACGUAUCAAUUUACAAGGUUUAUCAGACUUUUAAUAAUUCCCCUGAUCUAUACUCCGUUAAGCAAGCCAUAGAUGAGGGGCUUGGAUUCACUAUAAGUAAGUUGAUUACGAAGAAGCCGAGUACCGUUGAGCUUCAUGAGACUUUACAGACCAUGGCAGCGUUAGCAGAGAUGGGCGAAGUAUUUGAGUCACAUGGCUCAGAAAAGUUUGAAAAAUUACUGACUCGAUUUCAAAAGCGCUGCUCAUGGAUGAGGGUUGGGAGACUUGAUGAUGUCAGUCCAAUUCUAUCCUGUAGAGGCACCACUCUCGGUAUAUUAAGUGAAAAAUCUGAGCUCCAAAAAAUGAUGAAAUUAAGCUUAGCUAAUUGUCGGUUGAUGGAAGUAAAAACAGCUUUAUUAUCAUCAAAUAUUUAUCGUUCUCAUGGUGCCCUCCAGGAAGUUCUCACUCUUACGACAUCUAUGAUCGAUUUAAUUCAACCAUGUCAGCUUGUUGGUAUAAAUCCAGAAGUUGCUAUCCAUUUAGAGGCUGCAAAAACUCUCUGGAGCCAGGGAGAACUCUCAUCAUCUAUUGGUAUGCUUCAAACUUUAGAUCAAACUGGAAUUCUAGAUAAACAAACAAUACAUAUCGGUCGAUCUGAUUUACUUGCAAGGAUCGGCCAUCAGAUUUCAAUUGCUAGACUUGAAAACCCCGGUACGAUUAUAAUCAAGUAUCUAGGGCCUGCACUCAAAGAACUAAGGGGUCAAUUCAAAGGUCGAGAAGCUGGCAAAGUAUUUCACAAGUUUGCUACAUUUUGUGAUGAACAAUUGCAAAAUCCAGAUUCUAUCGAGGAUCUUGAGAGGGUUAGACAGAUGAGCAAAAAUAAAGCUGAAGAAGUCAAAGAUUAUGAAAAACUCAUAGCUAAAGCUUCAUCACUUGAAAACAAGAUAGAAUGCCAAUCUCGUCAAGCUAAGGCGAAGGCAUGGUUGAAAAUUGAUGAAAGAGAUCUUCUGCGCCAAACCUCUAAUAGAGAAGAAUUCCUAAAGCACUCUUUAGAAAACUACCUUCUUAGCUUAGUAGCUUCAGAUGAUCAUAAUAGAGACGCUUUACGUUUCUUAGCGCUCUGGCUUGAACAUUCAGCAGAAGAUCUGGCCAAUAGAGCAGUUUCAAAGCAUCUAAAAAAAGUACCGAGCAUGAAAUUUGCAACUCUUAUGAAUCAACUAACUUCUCGUCUUCAAGAUGUAGAUAACUCGUUUCAGGAGCUACUGUUUGAACUUGUCUUUCAAAUAUGUAUUGAUCAUCCGUAUCAUGGCAUGUAUCAAGUAUUUACAGGCUCUUUUAGCGAUACGAACGAGAAAGACGAUGCCGCUGUAUCUCGGAAAAAAGCAGCUCUAAAACUUGCGACGCGAUUAUCAAAUUUGAAUGAGACUAGUAAAAUCUGGAUGGCCAUUAAGUCGACAAGUAAAGCGUAUUGUGUUCUAGCCAGUGAAAAAAAUAGUAGAUACAAAUCAGGAAAAAGGCUUCGACUGGAUAUAUCUCCAGCUGCAAAAUCAUUAAAUUCUACAUUGAAAGCAUAUCCAAUUCCCUCACCAACAAUGCGGAUACCAUUUUCAGCCAGUCUCGAUUACUCUAGAAUACCCGUUAUUUUGGAAAUGAGAUCAGAAUUUUCAAUUGCAUCGGGGAUUAGUGCACCUAAAAUUAUCACUACAUUGGCAGAAAAUGGUAUGAAUUUUAGACAGCUAGUUAAAGGCGGAAAUGAUGAUCUUCGACAAGAUGCAAUCAUGGAACAAGUCUUUGAGCAAGUGAAUGAAUUGCUCAUGAUUAAUCGCUCUACGCAGCAGCGCAAUUUGAGUAUCAGGACUUAUCGAGUUCUACCGCUGAGCAAUAUUGCUGGUGUAAUUGAAUAUGUUUCGAAUACUGUUUCUUUACACGAAUACUUGAUGCCAGCGCAUGAGCGAUUUCAUCCCGAGGACAUUAAGGCUGAAAAAUGCCGGAGUCAAAUCAUAGCGGUUCAAUCAAAAAGUCCUGAAGUCAGAAUAAAGGCAUUUAAGGCAAUAAAAGAAAGAUUUAAACCUGUCAUGCGGUAUUUUUUUACUGAAAGAUUCUACGAUCCUGAUGACUGGUUCUCAAAGCGGCAAGCUUAUACACGCAGUACUGCGGCUAUAUCAAUACUUGGUCAUGUACUUGGUCUAGGAGAUCGGCAUGCCAACAACAUUCUCUUAGACGAGAACAGCGGAGAAAUCGUGCAUAUUGAUCUUGGAAUCGCUUUUGAAAUGGGUAGGAUCCUACCUAUUCCUGAAACAGUUCCAUUUCGUCUUACUCGAGAUAUUAUUGACGGAAUGGGUAUCACUAAGACGGAAGGUGUUUUCCGGCGGUGUUGCGAGUUCACGCUAGAAACUUUACAAAAAGAAUCCUACACCAUAAUGAGUAUCCUUGACGUUCUCCGUUAUGAUCCCCUUUAUAGCUGGUCGGUAUCCCCAUUUCGGCUUGCAAAGUUGCUAGAAGAACAAGAUCUAUCUAACGUAAAUGAUGCGGGAAAAUUAAGCGAAAAAAGAUUGAUAAAUGAACCUGGUGAAGCAGCACGAGCUCUUGCAGGAAUUCGUAAAAAGUUGACAAUGUCAUUAAGUGUCUAUGCGACAGUCAAUGAUCUCAUUAAUCAGGCAAGUGAUGAGAGAAACCUUGCUCUGCUAUUCGCCGGUUGGGCGGCGUUUGCAUGA